AUGUCGGGUUAUGCUGGAAGUCCUCCUCCUGGACAGCAGCCAGGUGGAUUCUCCUAUCCUCCUCCACCAGAGAAGUCAGGUUAUGCCUCGCCUCAAGAGCAGAAUCCGGGUCAGCAACAAUACUAUGCGCCCCCUCCUGGUGCUGCACACUACCCUCCUCCUCCUGCUUCGAACCCUUCCGCGCAACAUUAUCCCCCUCCGCCUCAGCAGCAACAGCAGCAGUAUCCGCCCCCUCCAGACCACUUUCAACAACAGCAGCAGCAGCCGCCGUCGCAACAGCAACAACAUCAUUACCCACCGCCGCCUGGAGCUCAAGCCAUAGCUGGUGCAUCUCAAACCCCACAACCGCCCCAAUAUGCGCCCUCCCCAUCUCCACACCCCGGUGUUCCCCCACAACAAUCGCCGCUUCAAGAUAUCAAACGACAGCAACCCCAGCAACCCCAGCAACAACAACAGCAGCUUCCACAGUCACCCCAAUUCACAGGUAUUGGAAGCAAUACCGCAGAUGAUGUUGGCACCUUCAAUGGUGGGAGCUACAGGGUCAGUCAUAGAGACACAAAUACCAUCUUGACCAUUCAAUUGGCAAUUGGCUGCCCAUUGACUGCCAGACCUGGCGCUAUGAUUGCUAUGAGUCCAACAAUGACACUCAAAGGACAAGUCAAGUUCUCAUUGAAGAAGGCAUUCGUUGGUGGCGACAUGACUAAAUCCCAUUACACAGGCCCAGGGGAACUUCUCCUUGCGCCGGCAUCCGUUGGUGAUAUUACUAUAAUCAAACUUGGGGGUAACGAACAAUGGUCUGUGGGCAAAGACGCAUUCCUGGCCUGCACUCAGGGCAUUGUGACAGAAUACAAGAGCCAGGGGUUGAGUAAGGCCCUUUUCUCAGGAGAAGGAAUGUUUGUAUACAAGAUCAGUGGCCAGGGAAUCCUGUGGGUCACUAGUUUUGGUGCAAUCAUUCGCAAAGAUUUGCAAGAAAAUGAGAAAUACAUUAUUGACAAUGGCCACCUUGUGGCUUGGAACUGCAAAUACGUAAUGGAGCGCGUAGCUAGUGGAGGUAUAAUCUCAAAUAUGUCGGCUGGAGAAGGACUGGUGUGCAAGUUUACAGGCCCGGGAACUGUGUUCAUGCAAACCCGCAACCCGCAGGCGUUUGGUCAAUACCUGGCGGCGAACUCAACGCCUAUAGGCUAA